UGGGAGAGGGAGAUAGCGAGGGAGUGCGCGCGCGCGCUGGCGAGGGACAGCUCCUGCUCAUCUUCUGCUCAUCUCCUGCUCCACCGGGACCAUGGCACCCUCACCCCCGGUCCUCGCGCUCCUCCUGGCCGGGCACGCGCUCGGCGUCGCCGCCGCCGCGCUCCGGACGAUACGAUACGGUUGUCUCUUUGAAGAUGAUUUAUGCGAGCCGUAUGAAGUUUGCGCUAACGAUGGUUUGUUCGGGCAGUGUGUUGGUUUUCCUGGAGAAGAGGUUUACGGGUUUGAUGCAUCUCCAGCAUCUCUGCAGCGUCUGAGGAACGCUCUACAGAAACUCGCCCAUCAAGGUUAUACCUGGCAGGAUGACAUCACCCAGCAGGUCAUCUCCAGAGAGCUGUUAGCGCUGCCUAAGAUUCCUCUACGACACCUCGGCAACCCCCUGCCGACCUUCAGGGCUCAGACUGCUGAAGGCGGCAGCAGGAAGCUGAAGGGGGUCGAGGCUCACCUGGGCAGGACGUUGGAGAGCUACCUACAGGAACUUGGAUUUCUGCCUCCUGACGUCACAUCGUCCAAACAGAGCCUUCAGGGAAAGUAUAAAGGAAAGGCGGGGCUGAGCGCAGUGGACUAUAACUACAUGCAGCCUAAAGAAAAGCCGCCUCCGCUUCUGCAGCCUCCACCCAAACCUAAACAGGCUUCACCCAACACAUCAUCACUGUCCGCUCUGCUCUCCAGGCUGGAACCAGACGGUUCUGGUCGUCUCUCGGAGCUUCAGCAGAUCCUCUCUAAAGCAGAACUCGUGGGUCCGACUCCGGGAAGGUUUCAGUACAUCAGUCUUCAGCGCACUCCUGCUCCUAAAGAAGAAAAGCCUCCAGCAGCUUCCAGACCACCCCCCCGCCCCCGCUUACACAGACUGCUCUUCAGACCCGGGGUUAACCGCCCUGCCGCUAAAGACUCCCUCAGCUCUGUGGACGAGAAGUUCAUCCAGGGCGUGGUCAGUCAGCUCGGGCAGCAGAGCGUGAACGUGGACACCAUGACCCCGGGUGACCUUGACCAGCUCUCAGGGGUCAUUGCCCAGGCCCUGCAGGUGGUGGACAAAGCUGAAGGAGUCAAAGGUCGUGAGGUCACGGAGGAUGAAGAGAAGGAGAUGAAGAGGGAGCAAGAUGGAAAAACAGAAGAAAGAAGCCCAAAGUCAGAAAACAAGGAUAAGGGUUUUAUCAGUGAUCUGUUGGAGUAUCUGGAUCGGACCUCAGGACCAGGCGCUGUUGAUCAGGCUCAGGCUGAGGAACCGUUUCUGGGCUUUAACCUCCACGGAGCUUCUGGAGGUCCGAAACCCGUCGGUCUGGAGAACGUGCAGAGCCGGACCACCCAGACGAAGCUGGACCUGAUGAAGAAGAAGAUGGAGCCGGACACUCUGGAUCUGGAGCGUCUGGGGGACGGGGAGGUGGACCAGUGGCUGCGUGGUGCUAAAGGUUCCUUCAGAGAGGAACCGCUGGAGAAGAUGGUGAAUAGUGAGGCGGAGAAUAAAGGCCCGAGUGUGAAGGAGAAGUUCAGGAUGGACGUGGCAGCGUUCUCGAGCCCACGGCACGACGGAUACUUCGGCUACAUCAUCACUGAAGACUCUCUCUCCACCAAUCAGGGUCUGAAUCUGAUGAAGAUUCUGGCUGAGAGAGUUAAACUGCACGUCAAUGACUUCCUGCAGCUAUCUGUUUUAGGUCCUGCCGUAACGUUCAGAGUGAGGCCCAACAUCCGCAACAUCACCACCGCACUGCUGGCUAAAGUGGCAGUGGAGCAGAAGGGGCAGUUGGAGAAGGCGAGUGGGGUGAAGAUUCUGGAAGCUGGUCUGAGUGAUAAAACGAAGCUCAAUCAGAUUCCCAUCAUCAAGCACAGCCAUGUGGAGCCCAGUAACUUCCUGGUGCUGUCGAUGGUGUCGGUGGCGUUUAUCGCGAUGGUGCUUGGCCUGUCGGGGGCGCUCUUCUGCAUGCGCCAUCGCUCCCACUACAAGCUGAAGGACAGGCUGGCCAGCCUGGGCACAGACACCAGCCAUGACGCCACUGCAGCCUAUCAGGAUCUGUGCAGGCAGCGAAUGGCGGUGCAGACGUCUGAACGCGGGUCAGAGGUGUUUCACCCCACACACACUCACACCUCCCGAAUCAACAGUGUGUCGUCCCAGUUCAGCGACGGGCCCACCCAGAGUCCCUCCGCCCGCAGCAGCACCUCGUCCUGGAGCGAAGAACCACACAGCAACAUGGACAUCUCUACUGGACACAUGAUACUGUCGUAUAUGGAGGAUCACCUGCAGAACCGGGACCGGCUGCAGAAGGAGUGGGAGGCGCUGUGUGGGUACCAGGCCGAGCCGGCGUCCUGCUCCAUCAGCCAGGACAAACAGAACACCAAGAAGAACCGACCCGCCGGCGCCCUCGCCUACGAUCACUCCAGAUUCACCUUGAAGAGUGAAAAUAACCACGGCAGCUCUGAUUACAUCAACGCCAGCCUCAUCAUGGAUCAUGACCCUCGUAACCCAGCCUACAUCUCCGCUCAGGGUCCACUCCCCAACACGGUGGCUGAUUUCUGGCAGAUGGUCUGGGAGAGCGGCUGUGUUGUGAUCGUCAUGCUAACUCCGCUAGCUGAGAACGGGACCAAGCAGUGUCAUCAGUAUUGGCCAGAUGAAGGUUCUGACCUGUACCACAUUUACGAGGUGAACCUGGUCUCAGAGCACAUCUGGUGUGAGGACUUCCUGGUGCGCAGCUUCUACCUGAAGAACGUCCAAACCAACGAGACCCGAACCGUAACACAGUUCCACUUCCUGUCCUGGAUGGACCAGAGCGUUCCAGAGUCCGCCAGAACCCUGCUGGACUUCCGCAGAAAGGUUAACAAGUGUUACCGGGGACGCUCUUGUCCGAUAAUUAUCCACUGCAGUGACGGGUCAGGCAGGAGUGGGACCUACAUCCUGAUAGACAUGGUGUUGAAUAAAAUGGCUAAAGGUGCAAAAGAGAUUGAUAUCGCUGCAACACUGGAACACCUGAGGGACCAGCGAGCGGGCAUGGUGCACACCAAGGAUCAGUUCGAGUUUGCGCUGACUGCCGUGGCGGAGGAGGUGAACGCUAUACUCAAAGCUCUGCCUCAAUGAAGAAGAUCUUUCUUUUUUUACUCUCUCUCUCUCUCUCUUUCUUUCUUUCUUACUCUCUCUCUGUCUCUCUAUCGAUCUUUCUCGCUACCUCUGCCUCUAUCCAUUUCCAGUCCUCUCUUCCUGUGAAGCAGUGAGCUGUUCCUGUCUGUAUUAUAAACAGAACUGAAUCUGUAGUGCUGGAGUUAGAAAUGAUAGAAUAUAUGAAACAUACUUCCAUAACUCGGUGUACUGCACUCCUGAUCUCUGAUCUGUGUAUAUGAUGAUUAAGAUGAUUGUAUAGCUAAAUUACUAUUUAGAAUGAUGUUUAAUUUUGUUAAAAACAUAUCUACAGAUUGUAUUUGAUGACGCGGCUUUUGGAUGGCAAUAUAUAUACACAUAUAUGAUAUCCUAUAGCUGUAUGUUUUAUAUCAGAAAUAUGCGUAGAGGCUGGAAACACUCUGCUGUCGUCCACAAAGUACCUAGGAAAAUAUAAAAGCAUGUUUUUUUCUAAUGUUUUUACAUCAAACACUAUUUAUCCUUUAAAUAAUUUAAAUAUAAUGCUGUUUUAAUUGA